AUGUUCUUCCUUCAACCCCAAUAAGAGAAAUAGUAAGCAACUAGAGAAUUCAGAAGCAAGCAAUUGAAAGAAGUGUUUAAAGCAGCCAUUUUAUUUGGAGUAUUAAAAUUAGCAGCAAUUGCAUUCAAACCUAAGAAGGCAUGA